GCCUGUCGGACACCGGAAGUUUUGCUUUCAGCUGCGGUUUCUGUUGUUGUUUGUUUACGACUUUAAACUGAACGUAAAGGAAAACACACGCGUUUAAACUGUUUUUACUAAAGCGACAAAGAAACUGUGAAUUUUUAAUAAGCAGGAUGAAGGAGUCGGUAUCGGAUGAAUCGGCUCAAGUCGCGUCCAAAGAAGAAAUUUCACAGUUCAGAAACAGUCUGAAGCAGAACAUCUGUGUGCAGAUGCUCCAAGAAGGUCACCACAGGUCGUUCUCUGAGCUCUUCUCUCUGCUGCGGUCGGACCAGCAUCGCAGGGCGGCUGAACCGGGCUCUGCUCUCCAGCCUAAGGUUCCGCUGGAGGAACAGCGAGAGAAGCUGGAGACGGUGAAGCUGCACCUGGGCCGGGCCGAGCAGGCGGAAAGGACCGGUUCCUGGUCCGUGGUGUGUGAGCAGCGUCUGUUCUUGGGUCGAUAUUUCUCGGCUCCUGAGGAUCAGUGGCUGAGUUUGCACUUCUACCAGAGCUGUGCAGACCGAGGGUGCUCAAGACCAGCCACUGAGGCCCGGGCCUGCAUGGCUGAGCUCUACCUGCAGCAAGGAGAGCUGGAGGAGGCGAAGCAGCAGGCGGAGCUGUGCGGCAGACAGGCUGAGGACGGAGGCUGGCUGGACUUGAGCGGUCGGCCCCUGAGGCUCCGGGCCUGUGAGACGCUGUGGAGGAUCUACGACACGUUAGCUGCUGCUCCGCUGAUCGCUGCAAACUACACCGAAGCCCUGGAGCUGCUCAACAAGGGCUACAUCAUGGCCACUGAGUCUGAAGACAAACAGUUAGAGGGGGAGGCGGCCUAUCGACUGGGACUUACCUAUCAGCUCACAGGAGACCACAACACAGCCAAAAAGUUCCUCAACACCUGCAUGCAGAUUUGUGGCACGACGCAGGACGCUGAUGGACUGGGUAAAGCCUACAAGGCGAUGGCCAAGUCUAUUGAGAGUGAGGGUAACACAGACGAGACAGUACAUUGUCUGGAGAAGUUGGUAGACAUCACUCGUAGCACUGGACAGCAGGACAACCUGGCGGACGCCUGCCUGUGUCUGGGCAACAUCUACUACAACACGCAUCAGUAUAGCAGAGCCUGUGAGUUCUUCCUCCAGGGUUUUGAAGUUGCCUGUGGCAUCGGAAACGUGGAUCUGCUGCAGAAAGCACAGGUGUUGCUGGGCUGCGCUCGUGCUCAGUCCAGGAAGUACAGUGUGGAGUCGGCCUCGCCCGCAGCCCAGUGACGGCUGCUGGCCUGGCAAGAGAUGAGAGGAAGUCAGGAGCUUGUUGACGAUGCCGGUGAAGACAAACAAAACCAAAACAUUCUCCUUUAUUCCUUUAACAGUGUAAGAAGUGAAGAUGAACAUUUUACUGCACAUAGACAUUAAAAGAACAUAACAGACAAAGCUGUUUGAUAAAUUAUUUGUAUUAUUCACUUUUAAUGUGUUUCAAAUAAUCUCAUUUGUUUGUUAAAUGUCAAAUAAAUGACUAAUACAGAA